AUGGUGACCAGGAGCUUCCCGACAUGGAAGAUCGCUCUGUUUGUUGCAUUCUCUUCUGCCGCAGAGAAGAAAAUCAACGAGAAAAGAGGACUUGCAGGUCUGGGAUAUGGAAGUUAUUAUCCUGCCUCUGAACCAUGGUAUCCGAUUUCGCAGGAAUUGGCUCUCACUAAGAGUUCUGCCCACACGAUUGCCUUGCAAAGCGCCUCUGCAGCCCACGCAGCCGAAGUAGCGAACGCCCUGGCAGCAGCCAAAGAAGCCUCAGCAGCAGCCUCCCUGGCCCAGCAGCGAGUGCAGCACGCCAAGGAGGCGGUCCUGGUCCAGCAGAGGAUUGCGGCGGCCAAGGAGGCGGCAGCUGCGGCGGCCAUCCAGCGCAGCGAGGCAGCCGCCGCCACCGCUGCCGCUAUACAACGCAGCGAGGCCGCAGCAGCCGCCCUCCACCGCCAGGAAGCAGCCGCGGCAGCAGCAGCAGCUCUCCAACGCAGUGAAGCUGCUGCUCAGGCUGCAGCCGCCAUACAGAGGAGCCAAAUCGCAUCUCAUCAGAUACAGAAGACCGCGGCCAAAGCUGCCGCCGCCAACGCAGUUCUGCACCAAGUAGCUGCUUCCGGUCUUCCUUACCCAAAGGCUCUUGAAUACCCAUGGGGCUAA